GCGGGAGUGGCCGGGCGCGCGUCGCCGGCCGCGGCUUCGAGGCCUCCGCGUCCACCAGGCGGAGCUGCGGGCGCCCGACUCGCCGCGGCCUCGCAACCAGCCCCACUUCGACGACCUGUUCAGCGUCUCGUUCCGGGACCCAACCCUGCUCCUUGUCAUCACUGUCCUUGGAGUCACAGUGCUUCUGUUGGCCCUGAGGAACAUGAACUCAAGGAAGAGAUGUAUCACCCUACAGGACUCUGAAACCAAGUACCCACUGCCUUUGAUUGAGAAAGAGCAAAUCAGCCACAACACCUGGAGGUUCCGCUUUGGACUGCCCUCACCGGACCAUGUCUUGGGGCUUCCUGUAGGUAACUAUAUCCAUCUCUUGGCCAGAAUUGAUGGUGUUCUGGUGGUCAGGGCUUACACGCCUGUGUCCAGUGAUGAUGACCAAGGCUUUGUGGACUUGAUUAUAAAGAUCUACUUCAAAAAUGUACACCCCAAUUAUCCAGAAGGGGGGAAGAUGACUCAGUACUUGGAGAACAUGAAAAUUGGGGACACCGUCCUUUUUCGAGGGCCCACCGGUCGCCUGUUCUAUCAUGAGCCAGGGAAGUUUUCAAUCAAACCAUACAAAACAAGUGAGCCUGAAGAAAAGGUGGUCAGUCACCUGGGAAUGAUUGCUGGGGGCACAGGGAUUACGCCCAUGCUGCAGCUCAUUCGCCACAUCACCAAGAACCCCGAUGACAGGACCAGGAUGUCCCUCAUCUUUGCCAACCAGACAGAGGAGGAUAUCUUGGUGAGAAAAGAGCUUGAAGAAGUUGCCAGAACUCACCCGGAACAGUUCAGCCUGUGGUACACCCUGGACAGGCCUCCUGUUGGCUGGAAGUACAGCUCAGGCUACAUCACCGCCAACAUGAUCAAGGAGCACCUCCCUCCUCCCGGGCAGUCCACGUUCAUCCUGGUGUGUGGACCCCUGCCCCUGAUCCAGACAGCCGCUCACCCUAAUCUGGAGAAACUGGGUUAUACCAAGGACAUGAUUUUCACUUACUAAUACUUCCCUUGCUCUUAGCAAAUCUGCCUGGUCCCUUUCCUCUGUUUCAGAGUGAGCUCUGCCUCAGCACAUUAAAGUGGCGUGUGUUCACAAGCGCCUGUAAUGCA